AUGCCCCUGAUGUCCAGCUGCUUCCAAGGAACAGGCUCCAGACAGCAAAAGAAAGGGAAGCUGGUUUUGACAGGUGUUCAUCUCGGUGGGGCCACAUUGACCAUGCUUAGAAGUUUCUGUCUUCAGCUCAUGUCCUUGGUUUGGAUCCUCUUGGCCCAUCACCAUCUUGCCCAAGGUGAUGACUGCAGUGAGCGCUGUAACCUGGCCCACGGCUGCUGUGACCAGGACGGCAAGUGCAGGUGUGACCCAGGCUGGGAAGGAAAGUACUGCGAGCAGUGUGUGCGGAUGCCGGGCUGUGUCCAUGGUACAUGCCAUCAGCCUUGGCAAUGCAUCUGUCACAAUGGCUGGGCUGGCAAGGUCUGUGACAAAGACGUACACAUCUGUGAACACGAGCUCCCCUGCCAGAACGGGGCCGAGUGUGUCUACGAGGGGGACGGGGAGUAUUCCUGCCUGUGUCCUGAGGGCUUCCACGGGAAGGACUGUGAGCGGAAGACAGGGCCAUGUGAGAAGGCAGGCUUUCCAUGCAGGAACGGUGGCCAGUGCCAGGAUGAGAACGGCUUUGCUAGGAACUUCAUCUGCAGGUGCCUGGCUGGCUUUGUUGGUGCCCUCUGUGAGAAUGAUGUAGAUGACUGCCUGAUGCGUCCCUGUGCCAACGGUGCCACCUGCCAUGAUGGUAUCAACCGCUUUUCCUGCCAGUGCCAGGUGGGCUUCGAAGGCCGUUUCUGCACCAUCAACAUUGACGACUGUGCCAGCCACCCGUGCAAAAAUGGGGCAAAGUGUUAUGAUCGCAUCAAUGAUUUUGACUGCUUGUGUCCCGACGGUUUUACUGGCAAAAUGUGUGAGGUCUCCACUCCGGAACCGACCUGGGUCACCUUCUACCUUCCUGCUAACAGGGAGAACAACGGUGCUGUGAAAAGCACAACCAGCGAGAAUCUCCGGGUUACGCAGCCCGAGCCAGUCAGGACUGUGGUUACUGGGAGGCGGGUUGCCAACCACAGUGAGAAAGCCAGUGGGGGAGGGCUGUUGAAAAUUUCUGUGAAAGAGGUGGUGACCCAGCGGGACACUGGGCUGAGUGAGUCCCAGCUGGUGACCGUGCUGGUGUUUGGGAUACUCACAGCUGCGCUGGUCCUGGUGACCAUACUGUUAAUGCUGCGGAACUGGCAGAGAGGGCGUCAGAGGUCAGACUGGUGCAAAAGCCCCUCACAGGCUGCAAGGAAGCUCCAGGAACAAGAAUGUCAAGUGAGCAUAUUAAAUACAGUCAUGAUAGAGCCCAGGAAGACAACAGAACUGUGAGGACUCUGGCACUCUGAGUGGGGCCCUGCCAGGCAGUCAUGCCAAUGAACUCUUCAAACUGUGUCCUGGGAGUCAUUCUGGUUGGGUGUCUGGAAAGUACUAAAGGUCUUUGGUGCAACCUGGUCUGUGAUUCAGUGGGGAGGGGUUUUCCACAGGGCAGCGAAUUUGUAUUUGCAAACAGAACUCUCAAACAGGGUGUGACCAGCCUGUCCUGGAUCUAAUCCAUCUCCAUCAACCAGGUGUACCUAGGAGUCCAAAGCAAGGGCUGAGUCAGAACAGCUCACUACUGGAAGUGGCAGCACACUGACUUUUUCAGCUAGUACCAGAAGACAUUAGUACUAUCUUGUACUAAGCCAUGCUAGAAAUAAGACUGAUCAUGCCAGAGCAGAAGAAGGCACAACACUCUGAGAAACACAAACUUUGCCAGGCCCCUGGAUGCUGGGUAAUUCCUAGUGCUGCCACUAGUGUAAUCUUUGGCCUGUUGUUCACACUGGGGCUAGGGCUGCUGGAGCUGUUGUGCUCUGUGUCUGCCCUUCUGUAGUGCUGUGGGGUUCCCAGCUCUUUCUGGUGGCUAUGGUUUGUCUGUUUCAAACUGCACAGCCAAGGAGUGAGCGAACAGGCUCUCUCCGUAGCCUUGUGGUGCUGUGAGCGGUUGGGAGAGAUUCCAGAGGUGGCUCAAGAGCCCAUCUUGCCCUUUUCUACCUGAUAUUGUGUGUCUUCUUGUGAGAAUGUUUUGUACCUUGCUGCUGAUGAUCCAUGUGUCUUUUCUCCCUUUACCAAACCAUUUGAGCUGGUUUGGGUGUGUUCUAAUAGUAAUUCAGAAAGCUCUUUCCCCACCCCAGCCCAUGCUUCCACUUCCCCACUUGCUGCGGGGGACAGCCAGAGCCAGAUGUGUUAUAAACACAAAGCCAGCUCCCCUCCAGUGUUGUCGAGGUCUGGGCUGGCCCCUGCUAUAGCUCCCUGCAGGUGGAAUUGAAUAUGGAGGAGGCUGGAAUUGAGCUCUGGUUGGUUUGGUAGUAGUCCAGGUCCCAGUUCCUGACUGCCUCCCCCAGGCACAGAGCUGGGAGUAACCUAAAACCAGCCAUUGUAGCACUUUUCAAUACAAAGUGAGGGUGAAGCUUUCUCUAGGGGAUGCAGGGGCAGAUUAAAGUUUCUGAUAGCCCUGGGAACAGAAAGGUGGCCCCACCUGCGCCGUAGCCAUGGUGCACCUUUCAGUAAGAAACACACCCAUCCUCAUCCCUAAGACACAGCAGAGGGAAUGGGACAUUUAAUCAUGAAUCUAGGUUCUCUCUUGCCUGGUCCAGUACAAUCACUGUUGACAGAGCAUUCACCCCCUCCCAGCCAGGGACAGCACAGGGCUAGACACCAUGCCACUAACAAGGGUGAGAAAGUUCCCCUCUUUCUCACCACUGCCCCACAGCCUCGCUAUGUUGUAUUCAGGCAAGGUCUGCAGAGGCCAUGCCACAACCAAGGUAAAGGAGCUAGAGCCCCAGGUGGAAGGGAGGGCUCCUGCAUGGGAAUGAGGCAGAGCAGGCAAAGGAGCUGGAGGGAGAGGAGAUUAGGCCUUUACCAGGAAGAUUUUUUUUUUUA